AUGGACAGCAGCACCGUCCCCACCAACGCCAGCAAUUGCACUGAUUCCUAUACGCAAUCUUCAAGUUGCUCCCCGGCACCUAGUCCCAGCUCCUGGGUCAACUUCUCCCACCUAGAUGGCAACCUGUCCGAACCAUGCGGUCCGAACCGCACCGCGCUGGGCGGGAGCGACAGCUCGUGCCCUCCGACCGGCAGUCCUUCCAUGAUCACGGCCAUCACCAUCAUGGCACUCUACUCCAUCGUGUGCGUGGUGGGUCUCUUCGGAAACUUCCUGGUCAUGUAUGUGAUUGUCAGAUACACCAAAAUGAAGACUGCCACCAAUAUCUACAUUUUCAACCUUGCCCUAGCGGAUGCCUUAGCAACCAGUACCCUGCCCUUCCAGAGCGUCAAUUACCUAAUGGGCACAUGGCCAUUUGGAACCAUCCUCUGCAAGAUUGUGAUCUCCAUAGAUUACUAUAAUAUGUUCACCAGCAUCUUUACCCUCUGUACCAUGAGUGUUGAUCGCUACAUCGCAGUCUGCCAUCCCGUCAAGGCCCUGGAUUUCCGCACUCCCCGCAAUGCCAAAAUUGUCAAUGUCUGCAACUGGAUCCUCUCUUCAGCCAUUGGCUUGCCUGUAAUGUUCAUGGCAACAACAAAGUACAGGCAUGGUUCCAUAGAUUGUACACUCACAUUCUCUCACCCAACUUGGUACUGGGAAAACCUGCUGAAAAUCUGUGUUUUCAUCUUUGCCUUCAUCAUGCCCGUCCUCAUCAUUACCGUGUGCUACGGACUGAUGAUCUUACGCCUCAAGAGUGUCCGUAUGCUCUCUGGCUCCAAAGAAAAGGACAGGAAUCUGCGAAGAAUCACCAGGAUGGUGCUGGUGGUUGUGGCUGUAUUCAUUGUCUGCUGGACUCCCAUUCACAUUUAUGUCAUCAUCAAAGCCUUGAUUACAAUCCCAGAAACUACGUUCCAGACCGUUUCCUGGCACUUCUGCAUUGCUCUAGGUUACACAAACAGCUGCCUGAACCCAGUCCUUUACGCUUUUCUGGAUGAAAACUUCAAACGAUGCUUCAGAGAGUUCUGUAUCCCAACUUCCUCUACCAUUGAGCAACAGAACUCCACUCGAAUCCGUCAGAACACCAGAGACCACCCCUCCACGGCCAAUACAGUGGAUAGGACUAACCAUCAGCUAGAAAAUCUGGAAGCAGAAACUGCUCCAUUACCCUAGGUGGGUCUCAUGCCAUUCAGACCCUCACUGAGCUUAGA